AUGGCAGUCGUCCGACCCAAAGUCACCGAUGAUGGCGUCUGGCACUUUUUCGAUGGCGCACUCCAGACCUACUUCGUCUCGGCGGACAAGGACUCGUUCACAUCCGGACAAAUCUUCCGUGCCAAGGACCCGCACUCGGGCGUCGGAAGAAGCAGCACCGCUACGCCGCCCUACCAUAUCCACCUCUACCAGACCGAGACAUUCGACGUGCAGGAAGGCACGCUGUGCUACCUCAUCGACGGUAAGGAGGGGAAGCUGCAUGCGGGACAGAAGGUCAACAUCCCCCCCUACCGACCACACACGUUCUGGUCCGAUCCGGAGAGUGGCAAGGACCUGCGUGUUCACAUUACCGUCCGUGGAGGUCCCAAUCCUGGCUUCGACGAGGACUUCGUACACAACUUUUACGGCUACCUCAGCUCGCGCACGAUGGCAGGCAAGGGUCCCAACCCGUUCCAGAUGCUGCGCUUUCUCGACGAUGCCGACGUGAUCCUGGUACCGCCUGUUCCGUUCUCUGGUCUCUUCCGUGCCUUGGGACUGCUGUGGCCUAUUGGAAGGGCCAUCAACAUUGCGUUCGGUCGCGUUAUCGGCGGCUGGAUCCUCGGCUUCCCCACUCGGUACAAGCAGUUUGACGAUGAGGUGUCAAAGUGA